UAGAUGAACUAAAUUACCCUCUCAUCCACCGAAGCCAGGGUUCUAGGCAUGUUGGAGGAUGCUAUAGGGAGUUGCACAGCUACUGUUUCAGAGGUAAAAGCAAGGCUUAAUUAAGCAGGAUUCAGUCUUUCAAAGGCAAUAAAAUUAGCCCAUAUCUUCUGGCUGAGCUACAGCAUAUCUCUUAGAAAGAGAUCCAGUCUUGAUUUAAAUGUUUCAAGUGAUGGAGGAUCCACCACUUCCCUUGGUAAAUUGUUCCAAUAGUUAAUCACCCCACUAUUUGAAAAUUGUGCUUUAUUUCUGCUUUGUCAUGAUUCUCCAGGACCCUUAUAGUGCCGAUGUGCUAACGUUAAAUUCUUGUGCGAUUUGCAGUGUGUGUGAAGCAACACUGGUUUAAUGACCAGCCAUACAAAUAUCUUUCAUAAGCCUGGGAUCAUUUUAAAAAUAUUUUUGAGGAAGACUGCAACAACAAUGGUAUUUGAAAACGGGACUUCGAAUUCCCAUCAUGCACCAUGAUUAUGAACAGAUAGAUGUGAGCAAAUCCAUGAUUCUGGGCUAUGGAUGCUUCCAAUUAUGUUUUAUUAUAAAACUUCUACUGAGAUGCAUGUUGCUUUGUUUUAAUUUAUAUGUGUUUUUAUUAGUGCUUGUUUUGCAGCUGGGAAGUGCUUAUGGUGCAUUCCGCUUGUUCUUUUCCAUUUCAUACUAUUAUGAAGUAUUUCCCAUGUAGUCCAUUUGAUGUGUCUGUAUAUAGGGGUCUUUUUUUAUUUCAGAAUUUUUAUUACCUUGUCAAAAUGAUUUUGACUUCCCAUUUCCACUUUAUAAUACCAACACCUUCUUACUGCAAAUGUUGAAUGUAUUGAAAAUGUCAUUUACCAGGAAAUGUCUCGGUUCUUUCUUUCUUUCUUUCUUUCUUUCUUUCUUUCUUUCUUUCUUUCUUUCUUUCUUUCUUUCUUUCUUUCUUUCUUUCUUUCUUUCUUAUUAAUCUUCUCCUGUAGUACAUCACAUAUUCAUUAUCUAUCUUUUCUGUCAAAAUUGGAGUAAAAAUUUCUCUCUCAUUACAUGCACUUAAAAUCUUAAAAAAGAAAAUCCCAUGAUAUGGAUAAUUUAAACUUGGAGAACAUUUAAAUUUGAAAUAAUUAUACAUUACAAACUGAAUUCCAAAAUUUCUGUUGUAUUCAGUGCCUGUCUUCUGCUUCAGAGUACAGAGUACUCAGGCUGGCACUGGCAGAAGCCCUCCACUGAAGAAUAUUGUCUUAUUUUGUUUGCUCAUAAAUUUUAAUUUAUUCUAUAUCUUAGCUAAAUUUUCACUUUUAAUGGUGUAAUGAAAAAUGCUACUUUUAAGUCUGUUGCUUUAUUUUUAGUGUUUUGUUUUUUUGUAGUAUGUGAGCUUCCUCUUUAUGAAAUAUGUUCCGAAAAUGUGUCAAGAGUCCAGUGUUCAGGAUUAGGAUGUUGCUUCCAUAAACAAAUUUGCUACAGGAAAGCGGUGCCAUCAUACAUGCAAGUGUUCAUCAUCUUGAUACUACUCAUCAUGGGAUCCUUCAUUUUAUUUGUAUUCCACAGCUUUCUGGUAGAGAAGAGGAGAAGAAAGAACAUGAGUCGACAGAAAAAUGUGCCAGAACUGUAUCCCACUGCUACUUAUUUUAAUGAAGAAGACAAGGAAGGAAAAAUUAGCUCUGAUGAUUCAAAAAUGCUCUCAAAGGUGCCAUAUUGUCAGCAACGGACACCGAAGUCCACUACUGUGGUGCCAUAGGGUCUUGAUCUUUCCCUGAGGGAGGCCUGUUCUUUUUAAAACUUUCACUUCUGGACCACCAAACAGCUGAGAAAUUCCAAUUGCUCGUUGCUUGAAAUGAGUUUGUUCUCAGUCAAGUGACUGUCACCAAAACACAUUGUCAGACUUGGCACUAACUGACAAAGCUUCAUGGACAGUUUCAAUGAUGUCACUAGGGCAACGCUUGCAUAGCUUCCCAUGCCAGUCAAGCAUUAUUUAAUUUGAACUGACACAGAGACUGAGCUUCUCUCUUUCACCCAGAGGUGGUCCCUGUAUGUUGCUCAAAGGGGAUUUGUGGUGAAGCUCAUAUUGCCACUGCCCAUGCUGUAUAUCUUCUGUGGCUAAACUCUUGCAUUACAUAAGCAUCAAGCUGAGUUUAAAAGAUUACCUACUGUAUGUUUAACUAUUGCAAGCUGAAGUGAGUAAUA